AUGGACUACCUCAUUACCAAUGGAUACCCAGCGGCUGCGAAGAAAUUCGCAGUCGAGGCCAACAUUCAGCCCAAGGCGGAUAUUGAUUCCAUCCAGGAAAGGGUAGAGAUUCGCACUGCGAUUCAUUCUGGCAAUAUCCAGGCUGCAAUUGAGAAAAUCAAUGAUCUCAACCCACAGAUCUUGGAUGAAAAUUCAUCUCUGCACUUUGCAUUGCUUCGCUUGCAGCUUGUCGAACUGAUUCGCACAUGCAUGUCGACGUCUGAUGGAGACAUCAGCCCUGCCCUCGAGUUUGCAACCUCGGAACUUGCUCCACGUGCACCCACCAACCCACAGUUCCUGGAGGAUCUCGAGCGCACCCUCGCUCUCCUGAUCUUCCCCACUGACAACUUGGCCCCCUCCCUCGCGCCUCUUUUGCAUCCAGACCUCCGUAAAGAUAUUGCAGCCAAGGUAAAUGAGGCUAUACUCCAGAGUCAGGGAGCCCGUAAAGAAGCUCGACUGCGCAACUUGGUCAAACUCCGCGCGUGGGCCGAGCAGAAAGCCCGAGAAGCCAAAAAGGAUUUGCCCGAGAAGCUGGAUCUCGGCCUUUAUGAUGGCAACAACGUAAAGAACACCUCGGGCGCCAGUCAAAAUGGCGCUUCGAAUGAUACUGUAAUGACCAACAACGGCGAAGUUGACCCUAUGAUUUCAUGA